GCUGACUUUGAAACAGAAGGUCAGGAAACGGAGCAACAGACUUCAAUUCAGAGCUUUAAUGGGAGCCAUUGACCACGGCAAAAGGCCCUGACUGGAGUGUCUAGAGCGUGCUUUGCGCAGGCCAAAAAGUCACUUUCAUACUCUUUGAACCUUUUGUAUAAACCUAUAUAUUUUUCACUCUGUGGAUUUCAAGAUGAAUGUGCAGCCGUGUGCUAGAUGUGGCUAUGGGGUUUACCCUGCUGAGAAGAUUAACUGUAUAGAUCAGACAUGGCAUAAAGCUUGUUUUCACUGUGAAGUGUGCAAGAUGAUGUUAACAGUAAACAACUUCGUUAGCCAUGAGAAAAAGCCUUACUGUCAAGUACACAACCCAAAAAACAAUGCCUUCACAAGCAUAUUUGAGACACCAAUAAAUUUGAAUGCCAAAAAACUAUCGGAAGUGGUAAAAUACCGAGAAGAGAGUGAGCAAUUCAAAUCUGCCUUUCAGUGGGAUGCGAGGUGCAGGGACAUUGAAGCUGCUUAUAAAGCCCAACAUCUGGCCAGCCAGAAUGCUUACUAUGCUGCCUAUCAGGGGGGAACAUCGUGGUACUCAGGAAACAUGCCAGAUCCUCAGAUGGUCAAGAUAACUCAGGCACAGAAGACUCUGAAUGAUCUCCAGUAUACAGAAGAAUAUGAGCUGCGUCAAGGCAAAGGCAGCUUUCCUGCUAUGAUCACUCCAGGUUAUCAGGUGGCUAAGAGAGCCACUCAACUAAGCAGUAAUGUGGAAUAUAGGCGGGGACAUGAAGAGAGAGUUUCAAAGUUCACCUCUGUUGUAGACACUCCAGAUAUACUUCAUGCAAAGGCUGGAGGGCAGCUCGCAAGUGAUGACUUGAAAUCUUCAAGGCCUACUGCCAGAACAGUUAUCAACAAUCCAGUUGGUUUGAAUUCAGGGUAG